AAUGCACAGCUGAAAUUUGGCAAAAACACAAGUUUGGCCCCAUGCUUGGUUAAUUUUCAACAAUGCAGAUUUAAUGUCAAAGGUCAAGUGUGCCAUAUCAGUGAUUUCUUGCAGAAACCUUUUCAGAACUACCCAGAAACAGACAUCAGUAUCAAUUAAAAAAGGCAACAUGAAGGAGCCUGAGAAGCCACGUGCAGAGGACAAAAUCUGCUGCAUUUCCAAGCUGAAGGUAUUUCUGCUGGCACUGUCACUUGCAUUCCUUGGGAAAACGAUGUCUGGUGCUUACAUGAACAGCAUGUACACACAGAUAGAGAAACAGUUUAAUAUCCCAGCUUCUUUAGUGGGCAUCAUUAAUGGAAGCUUUGAAAUUGGUAACUUGCUGCUGAUUGCAUUUGUGAGUUACUUCGGAGCAAAGCUGCACAGACCCAGAAUAAUUGCUUUGGGCUGCACAAUUCUUUCAUUUGGAUGCCUUCUGAUAUCACUUCCUCAUUUUCUCUUUGGAAGGUAUCGUAUUGAAAGCAGCAUUUCACAGUGGGAAAAUUUUUCAGUGAUGCCUUUAUGCCUUGUUAAUCAAAAUUUGUCUGCUUUGCCUACAGAGGAACCAUCAACAGAAUGUGAAAAGGAGCCUGGGUCCUUGCUGUGGAUAUUUGUGAUGGUUGGAAACAUUGUGCGAGGAAUGGGUGAAACUCCCAUCAUGCCUUUAGGCAUUUCUUAUUUGGAGGAUUUUGCCAAAGCAGAGAAUUCACCUUUCUACCUGGCAUGUCUACAUACAGCAACUGUAAUUGGCCCCUUCCUUGGUUUAUUGUUGGCUUCAUUCUGUGCAGAGCUGUUUGUUGACAUUGGAUCAGUAGGUGCAGAUGAGAUAACUAUAACAGCUACUGAUGCCCGCUGGGUUGGAGCAUGGUGGCUGGGCAUUUUGAUUUGUGCACUGCUGAAUCUUCUUGUGGGAAUACCAUUUUGGUUUUUGCCCAAGUCACUUGUGAAGGAAGGUGAAAGCAAUGAACCUGAAGAGACAACUGAAAAAAGUGUAGCACCAUUGCAAGAAAAUGAUAGAAAUGAAACCAAGCAGACCAUGUAUGAAAUUGCUAAAGAUUUCAUCCCCUUCCUCAAGGCUCUGUUUCACAACCCUGUGUACAUGUUAUUUAUAUGCAUAACUGUGUUACAGUUCAGUGCCUUUGAUGGCAUGAUAUCCUUCAUGCCCAAAUACCUGGAGCAGCAGUUUGGAAAGUCUGCAUCAGAUGCCAUAUUUUUAAUUGGUGUUUACAACUUACCAGUUCUAUGUGUUGGGUAUUUUUCCGGCGGCUUAUUCAUGAAGAAGUUCAAGAUAAGUAUCUACCAGGCUGCCAACAUAGCAUUUUGGGUGUCCUUACUGGAAUACCUUCUCUACUUUGCUGCCUACUGGACUGUCUGUGAUACCUCACCAGUUGCUGGUCUAACAGUUUCCUAUCAAGGAAUAGAGCAAAUUUCAUAUGCAGAAAAUACUCUACUGGCUGGCUGCAACGUGGAUUGUGAUUGCCCACUUAAAAUAUGGGACCCUGUUUGUGGAAACAAUGGAAUCACUUAUGUGUCACCUUGUCUUGCUGGGUGUAAAUCCUCAAGAGGAACUGGAAGAAGUGUGGUAAAGCGUGAAUUUCAUUGUACUUUAACUAUGAAAUAUAGUAGGUGAGAAAUACCAACACAGGUGUGGGUUUGCCACUCAGAGUGUGAGUUUGGACAAUCUAUAUUGUCAUUAGUCUGCAGCUUCAUUUUUUCCUUAGCAGCCAUGCCUGGAUACAUGGUCCUGAUAAGGUCUCUAAAGCCCGAAGAGAAGUCAUUUGGAGUGGGUAUCCAUGGGCUGGCUUCACGAGUAUUUGCUGGAAUUCCAUCUCCCAUUUAUUUUGGAGCUUUGAUAGAUACCACUUGCUUGAAGUGGGGUACUAUGACUUGUGGUGGAGAAGGAGCAUGUAGGAUGUAUGAUAUUGUCACAUACAGGUGGCUGUAUCUUGGCCUGCCAGCAGUGUUACGUGGAGUGUCCUUCAUCCCAAGUACACUAAUUCUCCUGAUUUUAAAGAAGAAACUGAAAUCUGAAAAGCCAGUCUUAAUAAAUGCCCCAAUAGAAAUGCAGGAUAAAGAGCAAGAAGCAGUGAAAUAGCAUUGCACAGAAGGACAUGUUGGGAAAAAACAUUGCAGUGUAAAUAUUGGAUAUAUCCUUGUGAAAAAUUUUGUACUUUAACUAAUGAACACUUCAACAGAGAAUAGAAUUACACAUAGUUGUAUCCAACUUACAUUGUAAAAGUAUCAGUUUGUAAUCAUGAGGCAUGGGAAAAAUAUGUUUGAUGCAAAAGAACAAGGACUAAAAAUAAGAAAACUUAUGAAAUGCCAGGUUUGAUUUGUCUGAGGAAAGGGCUAUGAAGCAGAAACAUGCUUCAUAGCGUGUUUCAUGGUAUGUUCAGUCCUGUUUCUCUUAAAAUAGUGAGAAUGCUGCAUUUGACUCAAAGUGAUGCCAGAUUUCAUCUUGGAAUUCUCACGUGGUUUCUGUCAGAGUCUCUCUCAUUGGCUGUAGACAGCAUUUGUGGCUUCUUCAGGCCCCACUUUUCCAUAAAUCUAUUUAAUGACAUUAUUAGUCCACUCAGGCAGAGAUUGUUUCUUAUUCUCUAUAGUCUAGGUGGUCAAUAUAUUGGAAACCUGGUUUAUGACAUGGCCUGGUGUUCUGGUAAGAAUAAUAAAUUUAAAGAUUACAUUUUUAAAAAAUGCUGUGUUAUGGUGAUGUUUUAAGAUUUGCAUAGAACACGGACAAGGAAAGAUCAUCAGGAUUCAUUACUUC